UUGUCAGUGUGCGACACGCCCCACCCCCGGUUCAUUCAUCAGGUGUAUUAGGUGUCAAAUCAAAGGCUCAUUUCAAUAAAUUCAUAUUCAUGCACAUUAAUAAAUUUCUGUGUUAUUUUCCUUCUAAAGAACCAUGAAUGAAAUGACUAAUCUAAUCGUGUUCCAAUGGUUAACUAGGUGACGUGAGUGUUUGUUAUCCCAGUGGUGUUUUUGCUCUGUACGAUUUUAUCGGCAUAUUUGCCAGAAAUGGCAGAAGACGAAAUUCUUUUCGAUGAUGUUUAUGAACUGUGUGAAAUAAUUGGGAAGGGUCCUUUCAGUUUAGUAAGAAGAUGUAUUCAUCGGCAGACAGGUCACCAGUUUGCUGUGAAGAUCGUAGAUGUUGCAAAGUUUACCUCGAGUCCGGGACUUAGCACCUCAGAUUUGAAGAGGGAAGCUACAAUAUGUCACAUGCUAAAGCAUCCGCAUAUCGUAGAGCUGUUAGAGACAUAUAGCUCAGAAGGAAUGCUCUACAUGGUGUUUGAAUACAUGGAUGGAUCUGACAUCUGCUUUGAGAUUGUGAGACGAGCGAUGGCAGGUUUCGUCUACAGUGAGGCAGUAGCAAGUCACUACAUGAGGCAGAUUCUCGAGGCCCUCAGAUAUUGUCAUGAGAACGACAUUAUCCACCGAGACAUCAAGCCACACUGUGUGUUGUUGGCCAGCAAGGAGAACUCUGCACCUGUCAAGCUCGGGGGCUUCGGAGUCGCCAUUCAACUUCAGGACGGGAAAGUUGUCAAUGGAGAGAGUUUUGUAUCAAUGUCUCGGCCCAAUCUUAGCCCCCAAGGCCAGCUUUAUCUCAGUUCCGAUCGAGAGGCACCUAACUGUCUUUCACUCGAUCACCUACCAGAUUUGGAGAAAAUAGAGGCAGCUGACAGUAAUGGCAGGAUCGGUACGCCGCACUUCAUGUCUCCGGAGGUGGUGGAGCGGCAGCAGUACGGCAAACCUGUAGACAUCUGGUCUGCUGGGGUGUUGCUGCACAUGCUGUUGUCUGGCACAUUACCCUUCCUGGGUACCAGGGACAGACUCUACCAGACCAUUUGCAAGGGGAAACUACAUCUUGACACUCCAUUGUGGGAAUGCAUCAGUGACAACGCCAAAGACUUGAUUCGGAGAAUGCUAGCUGUAGAUCCAAAUAAAAGGAUAACAAUACAAGAAGUGUUAAAUCAUAAAUGGCUAAGGGACAGAGACAAAGGGGCGUCUAAGGUCCAUCUAGUGGACACAGUUGAGGAGAUGAAGAAGUACAACGGACGACGGAGACUCAAGGGAGCUGUCAUGGCUGCUGUCGCCUCCCCCAAGUGGGCGACAGACCCGGGUGACCCUGACCACUUCUCAGACUACGGAGACGACGAGAUCUCAUCUGCAGCUGUCAAUAUGAUCAUCGAUUCCUUGGACGACAUUCACUGUCUUCAGGAACCUCCCUUAGACGAUCGGGAUUUUCUGCAGGCCGUCUUGGAAGAUAGACAACUUCAUGCUCUUUUGGAGCUGUACGACCGUAUCUCCAGCAAAGUUGUGAGUCCGACUCGAGCGCCACCGAGUGAUGCUGUCAUCAAGUGCCGAGAUGCGCUCGACGCUCUGCGAGACUUCGAGCAGUCCCUAUCACCGGGGGAGCUGGAACUCGAGACAAGUGGUGAGAUUGAGGAACUUCGAGAGCUUCUUACUUCUCCUCAUUUCAGGUCACUGCUGCAGGCGCACGACGUGGUCGCUCACGAGAUCUAUGGAGAAGAGGCGAUGCGGGUGACGCCUCCGCCUCUACCUUACCUCAACGGCGAUGACGAUGACCUAGAGGCUCAGGACGAUGGUGACCUGGAGAAUGUCACCCGUGUGCGCCUCGUACAGUUCCAGAAAAACACUGACGAACCAAUGGGCAUCACAUUGAAGAUGAACGAAGACGGCAAGUGUAUAGUGGCCAGGAUCAUGCAUGGAGGCAUGAUUCAUCGACAAGCCACGUUACACGUUGGGGACGAAAUCAAGGAAAUCAAUGGGAUACCUGUUGCUAACCAGUCAGUAAAUGCCUUACAAAAGAUUUUGAGAGAAGCAAGAGGGUCAGUUACGUUCAAGAUAGUGCCCUCUUACAGGAGCGCUCCCCCUCCGUGCGAGGUAAAAUUGUUCAGGAUUAAGCCUCUUCAACCGAUUAUAUUUGUCCGUGCUCAAUUUGAUUACGACCCCCUGGAGGAUGACCUCAUACCAUGUGCUCAAGCAGGAAUUGCCUUCAAAACAGGAGAUAUCCUACAAAUUAUUAGCAAGGACGACCACAACUGGUGGCAGGCGAGGAAGGACAACGCGGCCGGCUCCGCUGGACUCAUCCCCUCACCCGAGCUGCAGGAGUGGCGGACUGCGUGCGUCGCGCUCGAGAAGAGCAAAAACGAACAAGCUCUAUUUAGAGGCCUGAAAGAUGGUGACAUUGAUCCCGGAUGUUCUUCCCAUACGGAAGGAUGCGACGGGACUACAGUCAAUUGCUCAAUCUUUGGCCGUAAGAAGAAACAAUACAAGGACAAGUAUUUAGCAAAACACAACGCAGUGUUCGACCAGCUAGAUCUUGUCACUUAUGAAGAAGUUGUCAAGCUUCCAUCAUUUAUGAGGAAGACUCUAGUCCUGCUAGGAGCACACGGUGUUGGCAGAAGACAUAUAAAAAAUACGUUGAUAGCCAAACACCCCGACAAAUACGCCUACCCCAUUCCUCACACGACACGACCUCCUCGUGCUGAUGAAGAAAACGGCAGAAAUUAUUACUUUGUGUCUCACGAUGAAAUGAUGGCAGACAUUGCAGCCAACGAAUACUUAGAAUACGGGACGCAUGAAGAAGCGAUGUACGGCACAAAAUUGGAGACCAUUCGUAAAAUUCACCAAGAAGGCAAAGUUGCAAUCCUGGAUGUGGAGCCCCAAGCUCUCAAAGUGCUGAGAACAGCGGAGUUUGCCCCCUACGUUGUCUUCAUUGCAGCUCCACUACUUCAAAAUUUAGCUGAUUAUGAUGGGAGCUUAGAGCGAUUAGCCAAAGAAUCAGACUUGUUGAGACAAGCCUACGGACACUUCUUCGACCUGACAAUUGUCAACAAUGACAUCGAGGAGACCAUCUCUGCGUUAGAAAGAGCUAUCGAGAGAGUUCACACUACGGCGCAGUGGGUUCCAGUGUCCUGGGUCUACUGAACUCCACACACGGCGCAGUGGCUCUCAGUGUCCUGGGCAUUCUGAAACUAACACACGGCGCAGUGGGUUCCAGUGUCCUGGGUCUACUGAACUCCACACACGGCGCAGUGGCUCUCAGUGUCCUGGGCAUACUGAAACUAACACACGGCGCAGUGGGUCCCUGUUUCAUGGGUCUGUUGAACUCACCAGGGUUAUCCCUACCUUGUGAUACUUAAAACCGAUCAGUAGCAGUUGCUCAUACAGAAAACAAAUUAAAUUGAUUUGUCUAACCCACAUAAACUUACUACUAGUUUCAACACUAUUAAAUAUUAGCUUUGUCAGUAAAUUUGUUUAAACUUCAAAAGGGAAAAUGUAAAACCCCAAGUAGCUAUUUUAAUUUUAGUGCUGGAUCAUUGACUACAUACAUUGUGUUAGUUGAUAGAACCAUCAAGUAGGAAAGUAUAAUAAAAAUAUCAUAAAUUAAAAGUAGCCCAAUUCACCCCAGAAAGUGGAAUAACCUGGAUAUUAAUGUUGUAAUUGUUGAAAUAUUUAGAAUUUGUUGGACAUCACAAAUAGGAUUUAUACCCUAAACUUGCCCCAUUCUGCCAUUAUGAUAAACAUAAAAUAUUGUUUGCAUAGGACGAUGAAUCUGGUGCAUAUUUGCAAACAGAACAGAUGCAUACAAACAGAACUAGUAUAUCUCAUAUCUGUUGGUUAAAAUCAUAUUUAUUAUACACACUUAGUAAUUAGUGUUAUAUGAUCCUAAUAGAUACGUCAAAACUCUAGUUUGUCAAGUCAUUCCUCUUCUUUGAGAUUUAUAAACAGCAGACCAGAAUUUUUGGAAUUAUUAAUUCAUUUUUACUUUGAGACAUUCCAAAUAGAAAGACCGAGCAACUUCUACUCUUAAGUAAUACAAGGCAAGGGAAGUCAGUGUUUCAGAUAGGUAUUUCAGACUUUAAUAUUAUAAUAAAUCAAAAUACUAUUAUGUAUAUAAUAAAUAGGGUAUAAUAGCAAUGUCUAGUGUCAGAGGCAGAGUGUGGGGCAAUCUGAAGAAAGGAAUUCCUUGUU